CGUUCCUGUGGGAAAGCCGUGUGUACGAGCGCGGUGGCGGCGGCGGGUGUGAGUGUGUGACUGGUGAGAGGGAAGAAGUUCCCGCUGCCCGAGAUGUGAUGACCCGAGCGGCGGCUGCAGUCAUGAGGAGCUGGGAUGUGGCAGGCGGUAGGAAGAAGACGCCUGGGGCGCCCGGGGGUUGGAGUCGGUUCCCCGGUGUGUGCCUGGUGCUGCUCAUCGUUGUCUUGCUGCUGCUUCCCCCGGCCUCGGUGUGCACGCUGUGUGAGGCGGACGGAGCGCGGAGGAGGCGGGAUACCCCGGAGCUGCUGGCAGAUCCACUUAUUUCCCUGAGUCCACCGUGUCUUACAGAAGAGGACCGCUCUAGCUUGGAAGCCAUCAGAACAAUUCAUAAACAAAUGGAUGAUGACAACGAUGGCGGCAUUGAAGUUGAGGAAAGUGUUGAGUUCCUACGUGAAGACAUGAACUAUAAGGACGCUUCUCACAAACACAACCACUUGCACAGAGAGGACAAACACAUCACAGUGGAGGACCUGUGGAAGAGGUGGAAAACAUCUGAAGUUCAUAACUGGACAGAAGAAGAGACUUUACAGUGGUUGUUUGAGUUUGUGGAGCUCCCGCAGUAUGAGAAGACUUUCCGGGAAAACUCUGUCAAGGGAACAACUCUGCCAAGAAUAGCUGUGAAUGAGCCGGCAUUUAUGAUCUCACAACUGAAGAUCACCGAUCGGAGCCACAGACAAAAACUUCACCUGAAGGCGUUGGAUGUUGUCCUGUUUGGACCAUUAACACGCCCCCCUCAUAACUGGGUGAAGGAUUUUGUCCUGACCGUUUCUAUAGUCAUUGGUGUUGGUGGGUGCUGGUUUGCCUACACGCAGAACAAGACCUCAAAGGAACAUAUAGCUCAGAUGAUGAAAGAUUUGGAGGGGCUACAGAAGGCUGAGCUGAGUCUUCUUGAGCUGCAGGAAAGGUUGGAAAAAGCCCAAGAGGAGAACAGGACUGUUGCUGUAGAAAAACAAAAUCUGGAGCGCAAGUUAAUGGACGAAAUCUGUGAUGCAAAGCGGGAAGCUCAUCGCCUCCGAGAACUGAGGGAAGGAGCAGAAUGUGAACUCAGUAGACUGAAGUAUGCAGAGGAGGAACUAGUUCAGGUUCGCAUGGCGCUGAAAAAGGCAGAAAAGGAGUUUGAACUUCGGAGUAACUGGUCUGUCCCCGAUACGCUCCAGAAAUGGCUUCAAUUAACGCAUGAGGUGGAAGUACAGUACUACAACAUCAAGAAACAGAAUGCAGAAAUGCAGCUCGCAAUAGCUAAAGAGGAGGCAGAAAAAAUCAAGAAGAAAAGGAGCACCGUAUUUGGAACCUUACAUGUUGCACACAGCUCUUCGCUAGAUGAGGUGGACCAUAAAAUUCUUGAAGCAAAGAAAGCACUUUCAGAGUUAACCACGUGUCUGCGAGAGCGACUGUAUCGCUGGCAACAGAUUGAGAAAAUAUGUAGUUUUCAGAUCGUGCACAAUUCUGGUCUGCCAAACCUGACAUCGACGCUUUACUCAGACCACAGUUGGGUGGUUAUGCCCAGAGUCUCCAUUCCUCCUUACCCGAUAGCUGGUGGGGUGGAUGACCUGGAUGAAGAUACACCUCCAAUCAUUUCCCAGUUCCAUGGUUCCAUUCUGAAAACUCAUGGAACAUUGGCACGCAGCAGCAGCAUGUGUCGCCCUCGACGUAAUGUAAUUCCACCUUCCCCCCAGUCUCAACACGUCCUGCAGUCACCUGAUCCCGACAUUCUGUCGGUAUCGAGCUGUCCUGCCCUGUACCGCACCGAGGAGGAAGAGGAUGCAAUCUACUUCAUUGCAGAAAAGCAGUGGUAUGAGAAAUUAAGUCACGCUAAUAUGCCUAAAAGGGAAGCUCAAGAUACAGGUUCAGAAUGUGAUUCUUUAAACUCUUCAAUUGGAAGAAGACAGUCACCACCUUCAAGUCUGGAGGUUCAGCAGCAGCCCAUACGGAAGAUCUUAAAAGAGGAAACCUCAUGUGAGGAGUCUCUAUCUACAGACUCUCCUGUAACCACAGAUGUUUCUAAAACCUCCUCCCCUGACACCACAGGGUUAACAGAAAGCCAAAGCAUGGUCUUUAGUCCAGCCAGUAAGGUAUACAAUGGUAUUUUGGAGAAGUCUUGCAGCUUACACCAACUCUCCAGUGUUUUACCUGUCUCUAAGGCACCCCAUCCUUCCUUCCCUUCGUCUCCAAAUGACAGCAAGCCAGUUCAAGAAGUCCAUGGGAUUCCCGUACUAAAGACCACACCCCAUGACCUAUCUCAGAAUGGCGAGAAAAAAAAGCAAUCAAAAAUUAAAGUCCUGCUGAAGAAAAUCUCAAAGUAAACGACUUUGAAGGGAUUAAAGACAAUGGAUGAAGCGUCUUAACGUUUUGAGAAUGUAACUCCUUGUGGAGUUUUUCAAGACUGAAUGUUCUGGGUGUGAUGCUCCGAGGUUCGUCUUAAAAUUUUACCGACUGUGAAGGUCAUGCCAACUCUUAUCACUGAAGUUCAACGGAAAGUGGAUCUGUUUACAGUCCCUUUUUGUCUAUUUAUUUCUGCUCUUAAGUUUUUAGUUCUGAAUUUGUAAGAGGCCACUAGUUUGGACUUCCCAGCUCCGACGGACUACUCAAGCCUAUGUUGGGGAGUGCCCGAUCUCAUGUUUACUGGAGCAUCUUCUUAUCUUUCCACAGAGCUAUGACAUUUUACAUUAUGGACGAAGUAAUUAAUUGCACUACAGUGGAGGUUGUUUUUUCCAGAUUGGAAAAAAAAUCAAGGAAAUUUGCAAGUGAAAUAGUGAAAAGAUUUGUAAAAU